AUGGCGCUCGUCAAAAGGAAAUUAUAUCAGCGCUUGCUGUUCUUACUCCUGUUUCUUCCACUCUCAGGUGUUUUAUGCUUUAGUGAGUUAUUUUUUAUCAAGGAGCCCCGUGAUGUCACUGUCAUACGGAAGGAAGCAGUAAUUUUGGACUGUCAGGCACAUGGAGAGUCACCCAUUAAUGUCAGAUGGCUCAAAAAUGGAGGAAAAGUUUUGGAGAAUGAACGGGUGUACCUGCUUGCCAAUGGCUCCCUUUUUAUUUCGGAGGUGGAGAGCAGAAGAGGAGACAAAUCAGAUGAAGGGCUCUAUCAGUGCCUUGCUCAGAACAAGUAUGGAGCAAUCCUGAGCCAGAAAGCCCGUCUUACAAUCGCAAGUAUUUCUUCUUUUACAAUCCAGCCGAUGCCAAUAGUGGUGACUCAAGGCUCAGUUGCCAGGUUUUCCUGCAAAAUCAGUGCUCAUCCUCCUCCAAUCAUCACCUGGGAGUUCAAUCGUGUCACAUUACCCCUAACCACUGAAAGAAUCACAGUCCUGCCCAGUGGUGUUCUUCAGAUCCACAAUGUGCAGCGGUCAGAUGGUGGAAAUUACCGCUGCAUUGCCACCAACAUUGCCAGCCGUCGGAGAAGCACGGAGGCCACCCUUACUGUAACCCCAGCUCCAAGCCCACAGCUCCCCCAGAGGCCUCGCAUCAUCGCGGGGCCACAGAACAUCUCAGUGUCACUGCACCAGACUGCCAUCCUGGAAUGCAUGGCCACAGGAAAUCCCAGACCCAUCAUCUCCUGGAGCCGUGCGGACAGCAGGUCUAUUGAUGUGUACAACACCAAAGUGUUGGGAAAUGGCAACCUCAUUAUCUCAGACAUCAAGCCCCAGCAUGGAGGAAUCUAUAUGUGCAGAGCCACUACUCCUGGCACACGAAACUACACCGUCGCUGCUGCCAAUGUCACAGUGUUAGCACCACCCUCCUUGGUUGAGUGGCCAGAGAGCCUGACCCGUCCACGUGCUGGAACUGCUCGCUUUGUGUGCCAAGCUGAAGGAGUUCCAACUCCUGUAAUCUCUUGGUUUAAGAAUGGAGAAAAGAUUCACUCUAAUGGUCGGAUUAAGAUGUACAACAGUAAAUUGGUCAUCAACCAGAUCAUCCCGGAGGACGAUGCCAUCUAUCAAUGCCAGGCAGAGAAUGAGCAGGGAUCAGUCCUCUCUAUGGCCAGGCUCAUCGUGGUGAUGUCCGAAGAUCGGCCGAGUGCUCCCAGAAAUAUCCGAGCUGAUACUGUGUCGAGCUCUGCAAUCCUUUUGGCUUGGGAAAGGCCUCUGUAUAACUCGGAUAAAGUUAUCGCUUACUCAGUACACUACAUGAAGGCUGAAGGAUUAAACAACGAGGAAUAUCAAGUGGUCAUUGGAAACGAUACAACUCGCUACAUUAUUGACGACCUGGAGCCAGCUCGUAACUACACUUUCUAUGUGGUGGCCUACAUGCCCAUGGGGGCCAGUCGAAUGUCUGACCAUGUGUUCCAGCAAACUCUUGAGGAUGUGCCCCUCCGCGCCCCUGAGCUCAGCCUCACCAGCAACAGUCCCAUGGACAUCCAGGUGUCAUGGCAGUCCCUACCAGACAAGCUGAGCCGUGGCAAAGUCUCUGCAUACCGUUUGUCUUAUCGCACCAAUACUGAGAAUACCGUCUCACAAGUAGAGCUAUCAGGAGAGAAGACCCAGCAUCUCUUGGAAAACCUGCAGCCUGACACCAUCUAUCUUCUGCGCAUUGCUGCUGCCACCAGUAUAGGAUGGGGGGAGCAGUCUGCCUGGACAUCCCACCGCACUCCAAAGGCAUCCAGUGCUCGAGUUCCUCUGGCUCCUGACCUCCAUUUGGAGCCUCUUAACUGCACCACUAUAUCAGUGCGCUGGCAGCUUGCACCCAGGAACUCUGCAAGUGUGCAAGGAUACAGGCUCUUCUACCAUGAGGAGAGCCAGCCUGAGAGCGCCCCGCUUCAGCUACGUGCCUCGGAUUACACACACACCAUUGGAGGCCUCGACCCAAGGAAGAAGUACCAUGUUAAGCUUCUGGCAUAUAACUUUGUCGGAGAUGGUUACCAAGCAGACCAAACUAUCAGCACCCCUGGAUGUGUCUCUGUUCGAGAUCGCCUGGUACCCCCACCACCUCCUCCAAACAAUGUAUACGCCAAGGUUAACAGCUCCACUUCCAUCUUUCUGCACUGGGGUCGACCAGCCUUUACCUCCAGCCAUGCUGUGAACUACACUGUCCGCUGCAAUCCAGUAGGCCUACAGAAUGCCUCCCUGGUACUCUACCUGCAGACGAAUGAUCAGAGCCUCCUGGUGCGAGACCUGGAGCCCAGCACCAGGUAUGAGUUUGCAGUUCGCCUAUACACUGACCAGCUGUCCAGCCCAUGGAGCCCUGUGGUCUAUCAGAGUACUUUCCCUGAUGCUCCUACUCAGCCUCCCUCCAAUGUGAAAGUGACUCUGAUUGAGGAGGACACAGCGCUGGUUUCAUGGAAACCCCCAGAGGAAACCAAUGUAGCAGUGACACAUUACACCAUCCUGUACGCCUCCAGACACGCCUGGAUUGCUGGGGAAUGGCAAGUGCUGCAAAGAGAAGGGAGCAUCACCAUGGCUCUGCUGGAAAACCUGAGGUCCGGACAGGUUUAUAUGGUGAAAGUUUCUGCUUCCAAUGACAUGGGCGACGGUCCGUUUUCUCAAACAGUGGAGUUGAUAGUUCGAGCAGAUCUCCCCUCAGGCCAUGAUCUGCGACUCUCGCAUGGUUCAACACACUCCACAGCCUUCUCUGAUGGCUUCUACCACCUUGACCAAAAGUCGAUGACCGGCAUCACUGUGGGAGUCUGCAUUGCUCUCAUCUGUAUCAUUAUCUGUGCUUUCAUUAUCGUCUGCAGGGGCAAGAACAGGAAAUUUUCAGCUGUAAAAACGUACGGUGAGGGGGUGAGCACUGCUGCCUCAGCUGCAGGACAUAUGGGUUCAGAAGGACAAACUGAGAACGCCGAUGUGACUGUGCCAAUGAUGAGCCAAGAACAUUUCAUUGAUUCCAAGGGUGGAACAAACCUCAUAAUCAAUUCUCAGGGUCCUGUUCAGCCAGGCAGUGAGAAGAAAGAGAAAUGGUUUCCCUUCAGCAGUAACGUGAAAAAGGACAAUAAAGCAACACAGAACACAAGACAAGGCACCGCCUCCUACCAGCCAUGUACCACAGUGUUAACCUUUGAGGAGGAGCUGGUCCUGUCCUCAGACCAGCCCAACACCAUGCAGGCACUGCUCUGGAGCCCUGCAGACACGGAGGGCUCCUCUAACAGCGAGGGCAGCCACGCUACCGGUGACUCUGGACGCUACUCUCACGAUGAGACCGAGAUGACAAACCUGUCGUCCGGACACAGCAGCCGUCCCCCGUCUUUGACGGCUGAGGACAGCGGAGACUCAGACUGCUGCGGCUCUGCUGAGGAGAUGCUGGAGCUCAAGAAGGAGGGGAGUCAGACUGAGCAGGAGAUAACAGAGUCCAGUCAGAGCAACUGCUGUCAGCAUGAGGCACAGAGAAGCUCUCAGCCUGUGGUCUCUCUCCAAGUGUGUGUGUGA